AUGGAUUCAUUGGGCAGCACAAACAACAACUGUCAAGUCGGCUCCAACGGGUCUCGAAUGAUGUCGCAAAAUGGCACCUCUGCUUCAAACGGACCAACCGGUCCGGCCAAUUCAGCCAACGCCGACGUCCGGCAAACAUACACCAUUCCGGGAAUCGUCCAGUUUCUGCAGUACGAAUGGCAACGCUUUGAAAUGCAUCGACAACAAUGGGAGGUAGAAAAGUCUGAGCUUCAGGCACGAAUCGCUUUACUUCAGGGAGAAAGAAAAGGCCAAGAGAAUUUAAAGAACGACCUAAUUAGGAGAAUCAAAAUGCUCGAAUAUUGUUUACGGCAAGAAAGAGCUAAAUUUCACAAGUUAAAGUUUGGCGUCGACCCACCCAAUGGCAAUUCUCCCGACGAUUUGAAUGAUGAGUUUAGUAAUUUAGAACUUGACGAAAACAUGAACGCCGAUGGACAGAACUCAGUCAACUGGAAAUUGGGCCGACAGCUGUUACGUCACUAUUUACAAGAAAUUGGGUACACCGAUACGAUAAUCGAUGUGCGCUCAAAUCGUGUUAGAUCUCUCUUGGGUCUCUCUAAUUUAAAUGAAGAACUAACGAGUGAACAAGCUGCCAACAAAGUUCUCCAAUCUAAGCUAUUAAAAAACAAGGGGAAACUAGAAGCAAUGAAUCCGGCAAACAUGCUGGUAAAUGAUGCUGAGUCCAGUGUUCUCGCGACCUUUGAGUUUCUCAACAAUCAAAAUGACAAUGGAAUGAUGGAGGGCAUAAAAACAGACGACGACGACUACAUUGAUAGUGCUGAACCGGGCUCAGUUGGAAAUGAUGAAACGGAAGAAGUUUUGAAUGAGUUUGAUUUAAUUUUAAAUAAUCGCAUGGAAAUUAAUGAGCACGAACUUACAAAUUGGAAGUCAAGCGUCACCAAAGAUGUAGAUAUUGGAGAACUAGCCUCUUUAACGGAAACAAACAAUGUAAUUGAUUGCAAUACCACUUUGAGCACCGAAGUCAGAAAGACGUGGAGUCAAAAGUACAUUUUAAAAUCCCAUUAUGAUUGCAUUAGAUCUUUGCGAUUUCAUGCAACUGAACCCUUGUUGAUUACUGCGUCAGAAGAUGAGACGCUAAAGUUGUGGAAUUUAAACAAACCUCAAGCAUCUAAAAGCAAACAACAAAUAAACACUGUGAAUGCAACUCUAGACCUGGAGCCCGUCCACACGUACAGAGGACACACAUCUCGUGUUUUGACUCUUUGUCUGAACGGAAACACCUUCUACUCUGGCUCACAGAAUGGCGAGAUCAUCGCCUGGUCUAUACCAUCAAAUGUCAUGAGCAUGGAUCCGUAUGAUCCCUACGAUGCGAAGCUUCAACUAAGCAACACAGCGGCUCACAAUGAUGCUAUUUGGUCGCUUGCUUCCCUCACCUCUUCGGCAACUAAUUCUCAAAUUUUGUGUUCUGCGUCCGCCGAUGGUGCCAUUAAAAUAUGGGACACAACACGCUCGGUAUCUCCCCUCAAAACUAUUGAUCAGAAUGAAGGAGCUGUUCCUACGGACCUUUUUGUGAUUGGAACACCCAAUUUGAAUACCAAUGUCAGUUCAUCACCACUGCUAAUAUCAUCCUACAACGAUGGGUCAAUUUCGUUGUACGAUAUUGAGGGCAGUACUACGCCCGUUUUGUCCUUUGAAAAGGUGCCCAACAGCGGCAUCAUUUUCUCACUUGCUGUCCACCCAACGAUGCCAAUUGUGAUUAGUGCCCAUCAAGAUAGGCAUAUCCGACUGUGGGACAUUAACACAGGCAAAUGCAUUCACUCAAUGGUUGCUCAUCUUGACCAAGUCACUUCGGUUGAUUGCGAUCCUAAUGGUCUUUAUCUUCUAAGUGGAAGCCAUGACUGUAGCGUCAGACUUUGGAACUUUGAUAACAAAAAUUGCGUUCAAGAAAUAACAUCUCACCGGAAGAAGUUUGGUGAGGCAAUUUUUGAUGUAACGUUCCAUCCAUCGAAGCCUUAUUUUGCAAGCGCCGGUGCUGAUGCUUUAGCAAAGGUGUUCGUCUAG